GCUACACGAAGUUUUCUAACUACUAUGGAAGAGAUGACUGAUUUUUUCAAGAAAACGAGAUCAAAUUGGUCGUUAAUAGACUUUUUACAAUACAGGCGGAAACAAGAAGAUUUUUCAUAUGAUAAAACUAAAGAGCACUCGGAUUACAAAAAAGCAUUAGAAACAUUGAUUGGCUGUGUUGAUUAUACAAAUAAGGCAAAAAAAUGGCUAGAUACUUUUGAAAAUGAAAGAUCUUCCAAGAGUGUAAAUAAAUUCUGGAUGACAGUCAACGAAGAACUAAUUGAUAGCAAAAUAAAAAAUGAAGAGAACGAAUAUGAUUUAACUUUGACCACUAAUGUCAAUAAACAAAUGGGAACGUACGUAAAUGCUACCACUUCUCGUCUUACAAAACGAUUUUUAGAGUGUGCGGAAGAAAGCCCUCCAAAACGCGUGCCAAAGGAAGCAAUAAACGAUUCUCCCAAUAAUCCUUUUACUGUAUCUGGAAUAUCUGGUGAGAGUAACUUGAAUGACUCUGGAACGCCCGAUGAAAGCAAUUCAGAUAAAUCCUAUCAUCCCAGUUCAGACGAAGCAGAUGAUGAUUCUUAUAUUGAAUCGAAAAAAGGGAAGGCCAAUCAUAGUUAUGAUUGGUUCACUGGACCAGGCAUUAAGAAGUCUGAAUUAAGUGAAGACGCGAAAAAGUGGUUUAUCGGCACGCUUGACGUUUCGAAUUUAUUGUUAGAAUAUCGGGAUAUGUCCAUCCAAAAGGCAUCUGAUAAUAAAAUUGAUGAGGUUGCCGAAAUACUUUCCUUGAAUCAUAUAUUUUUGUUUGAACAAAAUGUAUCAAGUGGAAUUUCUUUAAUGAUCGAACCAGAAUCAUUAAAAAGUAUUUUCAAUAACAUUAAAGAAGAAUUUACACCCUAUCAAAUGUCUGAUGAUGAUAUUCUACGAUGUCAUAAAAUGGCAAAGACCGCAAGUGAAGAUUUUGAAAAAUGCAAGUCGUUAUUAAGAAAAUGGCAAAAAGAACUAGUUGAUGAUCAAGAAGAUCUAAUUCUAGAAAUAUUCGAGUCAAUGUAA